AGUAAUAAUCUCAAGAAAAUCAAAUGGUAACACUUAUAUUGGUGGUGUUUUUGGGCAUUUAUUUCAUGCUUUUGCAGAGAAGUACAAUGCCAAAUUGAAUGCUUCAAGUGUUAACACCUCACUUACACCUUACCAAAUGCAUCUUCUCGUUUUAAAUGGAUCAAUUGAAAUAUCAGGAGCUGGUCUUCACAUUGUAAAGGUUCCAUAUGAAUGGUUUUCAUAUCCAUAUAUGAUUUUUGAUUGGGGUGUGAUGUUGCCUGUGGAAUCAAGCCUCCCUAUAUACAAGGUAUUUGCAUAUGUUUUCAACUGGGAAGUGUUUGUUUUAAUAAUUGUUUUAUUAAUAUUGCUAUCAGCAUUAGUAACAGUUAGCGAUAAGAUCAAACAAUCAAAUCGACCUUUUUCCAUAUUUGAUUUCUUCUUCAACAUUGAUUGCUUUCGUGGAAUUCUUGGUGAACCCUUCUUGGGAAUAACAAAACCAUCUUUUACUAUAAAACUUAUCUAUUCACUGAUUUUUAUGUUGGGAAUAAUGAUUGUUACUUCAUACGAUGCAUUUCUUCAAUCGUUCUUGACUCAUCCACCAAAAGAGAAUAUUAUAAGGUCCUUCGAUGAUCUACAAUCAACUGGUUUGAAAAUCAACGCCAUUCAAUCUGAUAUCGAUGAAUUGUUAAACAAGCUUAGACCUGAACUAAUGCAAAAACACUCAAACUUAUUUCUAGCUCAAACAAAUUUUAAGGAUUUUUCAAAAACUCGUGAUUCCUUAAAUUCAACAAAUGGCUUCACAGUUACCGAACCCAAAUGGAAAACUUAUGAAGAUAAACAAAAAUUUUACGGCCAAGAUUUGUUUCGAUGGUGUGAAGAAUUGUGUUUUUUGGAAAAUAUACUAGCAGUGGAUUGUUUGAAUUUUGGACAAAGAAGACGUUUUAUGAAUUGAUGAAAGUUGGAAAUGUUGUCAAGUUAAAUUUUGGUUUUCACUCAAAAUCAAAACAAUUGAAAGUUGAAGAUUUGAAAUGGGUUUGGAUAAUGAUGGGAUUUGCAUUGAUGGUUGCUAGUUUGUGCUUUAUUGGAGAAUUUUUUGUUUUUAAGUGGAAAAAUAAUAUUAAAAAAGUAAAGUGGCAGAAAGUACGAACAUUGCUGAAUGAUAUUUUGAAAAAUUAGUCUUAAGACCUAUAUAAAGAUUUUCUUGUAAAUGUUGUUCAGAUUUUAGA